AUGUCUGAUCGAACGUUUGAACGAACUCCACGGCGGAACGGUAGACGGACAGGUAGCGGAUCGACAGGCACAACCCGAGAGGGUGACUGGCGCACCGCACGGAGGGCAGAACAACAGAGAAUGGAACCUGCCGGUCCCCUCCCCUCGCUCUACUGCUCGGGUUGGCGGUGGAAGCCCAGAGACGUCGUAUCCAACAAGAACGACACAACCAAUAAGUCACUGAACAGAAGACCGGUCGGUGUCUUGGUGUCUUGGAUUAGAGGCAAGGUAGUGAGCGAUGGGGCGACACGAGGUAAUCCUAAGGGCUGGUUUAUCUGCUCUAGCUCAGUCCAGGCUCGAUGCUCCAACCCACUUCCUUCACUUGGGGGCCGAAAGCUUGUGUUGAUGGAUGGAUGGACGCGGGAAGGGAGUGAGAGGAUGCGUGAGAGAGACAAGAGAGGGUGGCACUUGGAUAGAAGCAACCUAAACCAGGAGAGACGAAAUGCUGAGCCGAAGCAUUGGGACUCGCUGGCAGACGCCAGGAAUUGGUGUCUGCUAGACAAGACGCGACGGGCACUAUGGGAUGGAGGAGGAGAAUUGCCCCCUCCAGCUGUAACGUUGCUUUUUGAUAGUUGCGAAAGCUCGACUCCGGCGCUUUCGGAGCCCAAGGAAGGGUCGAUCCCCCCACUCUCUCACCUUGUCCAAAUUGUCAAGAUCCACUACCAAAGUUACAUGCAACAACCAACACCUCCAACGCUCCACGACUCCAUGAUGGCUUCCAUCUUUGACGAUACCAGCCGCGCCGUUGCACUGACACGUUCUCCUCUGCCGGCCCUGCAUGGUUGCCUCUAUCAAUCUCAACCGGCCUCUUGUCUCAUCAAAUGGACCGAUCCUCAUCAUCAAUGCCGAGGCCUCCACCACAGCACCACAUUUCAAGGCAAUUCCGCCGCCGCUUACCUUUCAAGCUUGAACCAUCUACGAUACCGCACGAGCGGUCCCAUCGAUUAUGUAUCCGUCCUUCUAUACCUUAUGUAUCAUGAGCAGUCUACACUAAACAUCCUCCAGACGUACACUAGGCCAUCCGUCCACCCCUGCUGGCAUGCAGUGACAUGCAAUCAAUCGUCAGCCGCUGGGUCGCAGAAAGUCCAGGGCCCCCAAAGAGCCAAGGAGGGGAGACCCGAGUUCACGGACGCCGGCCGUGUCAACGACAAGCAACCACCAUCGCCACCCCGUGCGCGCCGGUAUCGAAACAUCCACACAGUAGAAGCUUCAGAAAGCAGCUAUUCCAAGCUUGGGCCCCUCCUCAUGCUAGGUGCUGGGGAGUCAUUGAACCCGACCACAUGGCUCCUUUAA